AUGAUAAAAAUUUUGGUAAUUGGAAAUAGUUUCUCAGGGAAGACGUCCAUAGUGAACAGAUUCGUUUAGAACAAGUUUGACUCUAAUUAUAAGGCAACAGUGGCAUGUGAUUUCUCAAUGAAGAUACUCAAGAUUGAAGAUACUGAGAUACGUCUGUAGUUGUGGGAUCUAGUGGGUCAGGAUUCUCGAAUCGGUGGCAUCAAUAAACUGUUUUGCAGAGGAGCCUCAGGAGCAUUAGUAGUAGCAGAUAUCACUAGCAGAGAGAGUUUAGAGAGUACAAUAUCAUGGAAAGAGCAAGUAGACUCGCAUGUAGCUUUGAAAAACGGAGAGCCUAUCCCAAUGAUGCUGGUUGUUAACAAGUAUGAUAUUAUUCAGGAGUAGGAGGAUAGUGGAAGAGAGGUUGAGGAUUAUAUGACCUAGGAAUUUUUAGAGAAUUUCGCAUCAGAUCAUGGCUUUAUCGGAGUUCUAAGAACCUCUGCAAAGACAGGCCACAAUAUCAAUAAUGCAUUUUCGUAGUUAGUAAGACAAAUAUUCGUAAUGGAGUUCUCUUCAACUUAUCAAGAAGAUGAAUAGGCUUAAAUAUAUGGGAAUGGUGGCAAUCUAAGAGGAGAUGGCAAAUCUGCUGUAAAACAGAGUUUUUAACUAUAGAAUAAUUAAGGUAAUGGCAAGAAAGAUAAAAAGAAAAAGGGAUGCUGCUGA